UAAUAUAAGAAGACGAAGAAAUGGCUUGAUGCCUAUGUUUAUUGGUUUGCUACUAACAAGAGUGAACCUAAGAGUGUGCUUUUCAAGAAAAAAGAAAAACAAGAGUGAACCGAAGAAGAAAACGAGAGUGGGAGGAUAUGAUUAAGCUCACGCCAGCUCUAACUACUGCUCUAUACUUCAUCAAGAAGAUUUGGGAUGAAUGGAAUAUCCGAGGGGCUCUUAUGUUUAGCCUCCUCUUGCAGAGCUUCCUGACUUUGGUCGCCCCAUUCAGAAUAUCCACAAGGAGGAGACCCUUGAUUGCGCUCAUCUGGUGUGCUUACUUGAUCGCUGAUGCAGCUGCUAAUUAUGCUAUUGGUCUCAUCACCAACAGCCAACGCACCCAAUCUAAUCCUUCUGGCCUUAAGGGAGACAGCGAUCUUUUAGCAUUUUGGGCUCCCUUCCUCUUACUACACCUUGGUUGUCCUGAUACCAUUACAGCUUUUUCUCUUGAGGAUAAUGAACUCUGGCUGAGGCACAUGCUUAGCCUCAUCCUCCAAGCCAUAGCCGCUCUUUAUGUCUUCAUUCAAUCUCUUCCCAGAAACAAGUUGCAGGUCCCCACAUUGCUUAUGCUUGUUGCCGGAAUUAUCAAGUAUGCUGAGCGGAUUUGUGCUUUGUUCCUUGCAAGCUUGGACAGAUUCCGGGACUCCAUGCUCCAGAAACCAGAUCCUGGGCCCGACUAUGCACGGCUUAUGAAGAAAUAUGCUUCUAUGAAAGAGGGCAAUCUUCCAACGAGAAUAAUUACGGUACAAGAGCCUGAAAAAGAAGUCAAGGAAACGAAGCAAGGCAAAUUGGAUGAUUUAGAAGUGGUGCAUUAUGCUUAUCACUUCUUUGAAACCUUCAAGGGACUUGUGGUCGAUCUCAUGUUUAGUAUCCACGCGCGCAAGGAGAGCCGAGACUUCUUCUUAGCGAGGGAACCGGUAGAUGCUUUAAGAGUAAUAGAGGUUGAACUCACCUUCAUAUAUGGGGUUUUCUAUACCAAGAUGAAGGUAAUGCAUUCUAUUGUAGGCUAUCUUUUCCGAUUCACAGCCUUUGGGUCCGUUUUAGCGGCUCUUGGGCUCUUCCAUUUUAAAGCAAACAAAAAUGAAUACGAUCCAUUUAAUGUCAAAAUCACCUACAUCUUGCUCCUCGGUGCCAUUGCCCUGGAGGUUGUAGCGUUCCUCAUGCUCAUUUUCUCCGAUUGGACUUUUGCUUCCAUCAAGAGCCCUGUUCGUUCAAUUAUUUUAUUUCCGGUGGCUGCUAUCUUCAGGGGCUUCCUUGCUGUCAAGAGGCGUCGGUGGUACGACUAUAAAUGUAUGGGAGUGAACUUUGGAGCCUUGGGUACACGCAUUCUGUUUCGCAGGUGGUCUGAAUCUGUCUCAGCACACAACUUCAUAAGGUAUUGCCUGCAUAGCAGUCCGAGCACAAUCCAUGAACCCUCCAGUUGUGGGAAUUUCAGCCUUCGAAAAAAAAGUACAAUUAAAGUUGCGGAGUUCAGGGAAAAGCAUUUGCCUCAGCUGUUGCCAAACUCUGUUGUCAGGGCUUUACAAAGAAUAAAAAAAAACAAUGUUGUCGGUAAAGCCAUUUGGUUUUUCUGCUUUAUUCCAAGAACCAUCACUACAAAGACGAGCCUUAAGGAUUUUCUGGAUGAAAUAAGAUACGUGUCCCAAGAGCCAUUAACUAAGGAGUUAUGGGAAUUUAUCUUUGCGGAGCUCAAAGCAAAAUCCGUCUUCGCAGAUAGUCCAGAAGAUGCCAAGAGGAUAUCCUCAAGUAGAGGUGAAUGGGCUCUGAGUAUAUCGGCAGAAUCUGAUUAUAGCAACCUAAUGGAAUUUGCAGGUGAUCAGGUCGAAUACGAUGAGAGCCUUCUUUUGUGGCACAUUGCCACUGACAUCUGCCACUACACUGACACUGACAAUUGGAACGACCCCGAUUCGAAAAAUCGACGGUUCAGUAAGCUUCUCUCAGAUUACAUGUUGUACAUUUUAGUUAUGCGGCCAACUAUGAUGUCCAAUGUAGCGGGUAUAGGAAAAAUAAGAUUCCAAGACACUUGUGCCGAGGCUGAAAGGUUAUUUCAGAAAACAGGUUUAGGACCAAAUCAAGACAGGAAGGCCUGCAAAGAAAUUUAUGACGUCAAUACAGAGGUUAAACCUGUGUACCUGAAGGGAGAUAGAAGUAAAUCCGUGUUGUUUGAUGCAUGCAGGCUGGCCAAAGAGCUAAACAAAUUGGGAGAGAAGAAAUGGUUGUUAAUGAGCAAGGUAUGGGUGGAAUUACUCUCCUAUGCUGCAACCCAAUGCAAAGCAAGCUCACAUGCUCAGCAAAUAAGCAAAGGUGGGGAGCUUAUUACUUUUGUUUGGUUACUGAUGGCUCACCUUGGUCUUGGCCAUUACUUCCAAACCAAUACAUUGGCCAAACUGGUUCCCGGAAAGUAAACAAAUUUGUUUACAAGUGGAUCCAUUUAUGUUUAAGGCUCAAAAAUAAAUUAUAGUGUUUGCACUGGUGUGGUCGCACCCAGGUGUCUGACUUAUUUGUCUUAAAACUAUUUAUGUAAUAAUUUUACUUUCUUUCUUCUCUGUGUUUUUAUCUUCGCGUAAUGCUCUCAGGUCUCAGCCUUCCAACAUUUCUCCCUCAUUUGGUUGUGUCGCCAUAUCCAUGUGGUUGGUGGUGACGGAA